CACCGGACAGAGGACCGGCGGAUCCAGGCAAGAGGGUGAGACCGGGGCUCCGCGCCCCGCCUGGGAGGCAAUUGCUGCGGGUUCCCGUCACACCGCCAUCGCCCUGAACUCCGGGGUAGAAGAGGUCCUUACCGGGGGAAAUGACUGCUGAUGAGCGGCCCUGGCGCUAUUCCUAUGGCGCAUGCGUGUCGCUGGAUCGGCGGCUGAUUAGACGGGGAUCUGGUUCGUGGGUGAAUCGGUUUCUGGUUUGUGGGGGUUUUUGGUAAAGGGAUGGCUAUCGGGGACUGCAGAGGCGUGAUUUAGAGCGCUCUCGGAGGGAGUGAAGGAGAUUAGAUCUCCCAGAUCAGCUCCAGUAGGCAAAUCAGAUCACUGCCCUGUCAUGUUCAUUAACAUUGACUCUGGUGAGCUUAUCACUGUCAAUGAACUCCGGGGGGUGGAAUCACAGUAAUCAAAAUGUCUCCAGGAGUAUCUAUGUAACCCUGUGGUCCUGCUUAGAAGCUAGAGUUGGACUGAGGCAACUCAGAGAUUGAUGCAGAAAUGGUCCAUUCCGAUACAGACAGGCAGACAGAGAAUUUCAUCAUCAGUUCAGAUGCCUGAACCCGGUUAAAAACGGGGAGCAUUCGUCCAACUUGGGUUGAGCCCUGCUUAUAACAGUGUGAUGUCAGACUCACCAGAGGGAUGAAAAUGAUCUCGUCUCAGUUGUUAUCCUUAACAAAUUGAUGUCUUCUGUAACACGAGUGAAUCUGCAGAUGCUGGAAAUAAAUAAAAAAACACAAAAUGCUGGCAGAACUCAGCAGGCCAGACAGCAUCUAUGGGAGGAGGACACAAAAGGCAAAGGAUUUGUGUUUGUGAAUCUCAAACAGAACAACAAACACGUCAGUCCCAACGUAUGUUGUCAUCAAUCUUUGAAUGUGGAGGAGGAGAUGCUUGAGAAAACAGCACACCGUUUGCAGCAAGGAGAACCCAAACACGUGCUCAGUGUCGGAGAGAGAUCUGGAUAAAGCAACCUGGUGAUAAACCUUGUGAAUUCUCUUCAAGUUAUUGAAGGAGUGAUCAAGUAUUUCCAUUGUAACGCCAGUAUAUCAGUGGUGGAACCUUGGAGCAGAAGAUGUAUCUCAGCCCAGCUGGAAAUGUGCUUUGUGUGUGAAGUAAAGUUUUCUGGUGUAACUCUGUGAAAUCCACUGCAACUAAGUGCCUGCCAACACACCAGCAUUUAUUCACCAGAGAUCAGGUCUUCAGCUGCAUUGUCUGUGUGAAGGAUUGACGUCUGACUUGAUGAAUUAACAGUUCACCUGCUGUGUGUGUGGGAAGGCAGUCACUUGAUCAUUCAACUUACUGACACAUCAGUGAGCUCACACAAGAGAGAGGAGAGACUGUUCAACUCUUCCGUGGGUGGGACGGGAUUCACUCGUUCAUCCCAUGUGAUGAGUCACCCCCUAAUGCACUCCAAGGAGAGGCCAUACAUCUGCUCGGACUGUGGGAAGGGAUUCACUCGCUCAUCCAACUUAAUUAGACACCAGCGAUUUCACUCUGGGGAGAAGCCGUUCACCUGCUCAGACUGUGGGAAGGGAUUUACUCAGUCAUCUCACUUGCAAGUACACCGGCGUGUUCACAGUGGAGAGAGACCAUAUAUCUGCCCUGUUUGUGGGAAGCGAUGUACUCAAUCAUCUGACCUGAUGAGGCACAAGCAAAUUCACACGGGAGAGAGGCCAUUCACCUGCUCUGAAUGUGGAAAGGGAUUCACUCAUUCGUCCUACCUGAUACAUCACCAGCAAGUUCACACUGGAGAGAGGCCAUUCACCUGCUCAGUCUGUGGGAAGGGAUUCACUCGGUCGUCUAAUCUACUGGCACAUCAGAGACUUCACACUGGGGACAGGCCGUUCACCUGUUCAGAGUGUGGGAAGGGAUUCACUGAAUCGUCACACCUGCACGCGCACCAGCGGGUUCAUACAGAAAAAAAAACAUUCACCUGCUCAGACUGUGGGGAUGUAUUCAAUCAGUUGUCUCAACUGCAAGCACACAGGCGAGUUCACGAUGGGGAGCAACCGGUUAUCUGCUCUGUUAGCAGGAAACAAUGCACUCGACCGUCUCAGCUGAUGAAGCAUCAGCGAGUUCACACUAGGGAGAGACCCUUCACCUGCUCAGAAUGUGGGAAGACGUUCACUCGGUCAUCCCAUCUCUUAUCACACCAGGCAGUUCACACUGGGGAGAGGCCAUUCACCUGCUCAGAGUGUGGGAAGGGAUUCACUCGGUCAUCCCAUCUCCUGGCACACCAGAGACUUCACACUGGGGAGAGGCCGUUUACCUGUUCAGACUGUGGAAAGGGAUUCACUGAGUCGUCUCACCUGCACGCGCACCAGCGAGUUCACACGGGAGAAAAGCCAUUCACCUGUCCUGUUUGUGGGAAGGGAUUCACUCACUCAUCUCAAGUGAGAAGACACCAGCGAGUUCACUCUGGGGAGAAGCCAUUCACCUGCUCAGACUGUGGGAAGGGAUUUACACAGUCAUCUCACUUGCAAGUACACCGGCGUGUUCACAGUGGAGAGAGACCAUACGUCUGCCCUGUUUGUGGGAAGCGAUGUACUCAAUCAUCUGACCUAUUGAGGCACAAGCGAAUUCACACGGGAGAGAGGCCGUUCACCUGCUCUGAAUGUGGAAAGGGAUUCACUCGGUCAUCUAACCUACUAGUACACCAGACGGUUCACACUGGGGAGAGGCCAUUCACCUGCUCAGUGUGUGGGAAGGGAUUUACACACUCGUCCUAUCUGAUAAGUCACCAGCGGGUUCACACCGGAGAGAGGCCAUUCACCUGCUUAGAAUGUGGGAAGAGAUUCAGUCGGUCGUCUAAUCUACUGGCGCACCAGAGAGUUCACGCUGGGGAGAAGCCAUUCAGCUGAUGAAUUGUGGGAAGUAAUUUACUGAAUAGUCAUAUUUGAACACACACCAGUGAGGUCACAGAGGAGAGAAACCAUUCACCCAUUCUGUGUCUGGGGAGAAGCCAUUUACCUGCUCAGACUGUGGGAAGGGAUUCACUCAAUCAGCUGAACUGCUGAAACACCAGCGAGUUCAUAGUGGGGAAGCCCGUUCACCUGUUGUGAAUGUGGGAAGGGAUUCACUCAGUUACACCACAUUGUGAAGUAUCAGUGGGUUUACACUGAGAGGCUGCAUACCUGGCCUGUGUGAGUAAACAGGUUUACUCGUUCAUCCUACCUGCUGGUACGCCAGCUCAAGAUUUUGGGGAGUUAUGUACGGUGUCUUCUCACCCAUAGACACCAUCAUGCUCACAUGAUGGGGUCCAUUCAUCUGCUCUGUGUGGCGGGGAUUCACUUGCUCAGCCCACAGGCAGAAACACCAGUGGGUUCACAGUGGAAAGAGGGCAUUCACCUGUUCUGUGUGUGGGAGGGAUAUACUCUGUCAUCCAGCCUGAAGAUAUAACUGCGAGUUCCCAUUGUACAGUAACCAUAUACCUGAUCUGACUCUGGGUAGUGAUUCCUUAAGAUCCCCAACCUCAGGACACAUAAGUGAGUUCACACUGGAGAGAGGUUAUCCAUCUGGUCUAGGUGUGGGAAGGAAUUCAUUCAGUCAUUUCAGCCACUGAGCACCAGCGAGUUCCCACGAGGGAGUAGCCGUUCACCUGUUCUGAGUGUGGGAAGGGUUUCAUUCAGUUAAACCACCUUGUGAGGCUCCAUUAAGUUCACAAUAAGGUGAGGCCACACUUCUGUCCUAAAUGAGCAAAGAGAUUUACUCAGUUGUCCCUUAUGGUGAGACUCCAGCAACUUCACAUCAAGGAGAAGGUUCAAAUAAGCUGUCUGUUAUAUUUUUAGGCAUCACGGCAGCUGGAUCUGGUUGCAAGCUCCUGAAUGAUUCUUCAUGUCAGGGUCUGCUGUUAUUGCAGCUGCUGAUCGCACCCGGGACUGAACUGAGCCUUCGAGGGUUUUGUUCUGUUGCUGUUGGCAGAAAAUGAGACUGGUGUUUAAUAUUGUAGAUUUGUGACAAAUAAAUCAGUUGCAU